AUUCAUCCUGCCAAGGCUCAUGCGACUAAGAUAAUGUUCAAUCUGACACUUGAGGGCGCCCUUAGCAGUGAUGGCGAGUUUGACAAAUCUGUCGAGAUAAACAGUCACUGAACAAUAUUUACAUGCAGAAAACAGUUGGUUUAUGACAGUUUCUUUAGAGUUUUCAGCAACGGUUAAAGGAUAAACAUGAGUGCAGCAGAUUUGAAGGAGCAGGGCAAUCGGUUCUUUGGAGCUCAUAAAUACGAAGAGGCAAUCGGGUGCUAUUCAAAAGCAAUCUUAAAGAACUCUUCCGAUGGAAAGUUUUUCACCAACCGGUCGUUAUGCAAACUGAAGCUAAGACGCUUUGAUGCUGCUGCAGAGGACUGUCGUCUGGCUCUAGAACUGGAUCAGAAUAACGUCAAGGCACAUUGCUUCUUGGGUCAUGCACUGCUUGAACAGGAGUUAUAUGACGAGUCCAUAGCAAGUCUAUCCAAAGCUCAUGAUCUUGCAAAGGAACUGAAGCUCAACUACGGUGAUGAUAUAGCAUGUACUUUAAGAUCAGCUAAAAAGAAAAGAUGGUCUGCCAUGGAAGAGAAACGAAUCCAACAGGAAAUACUGCUACAAUCUUUCCUGAAUAGAUUGGUACUAGAUGACAAAGAAAGGCAAAUGGCAGAAUUAAAGAUAGACGACGAAAAGGACACUAAAGAAGAAUCAGAAGAUCAGAAACAACAGAUAGAAACAGAUUAUGACAAACAUAUCAAGGAGCUGAACGAGUUAUUUGCAGCUGUUGAUGAAAGGAGGAAAACAAGAGAGGUACCAGACUAUCUGUGUGGUAAGAUCAGCUUUGAGAUCAUGAAGGAUCCAGUUAUAACACCCAGUGGUAUUACGUAUGACAAGAAAGAUAUUGAAGAGCAUUUACAGAGAGUCGGCCAUUUUGACCCUGUGACCCGCAUCAAGUUGACCCAGGACCAGUUGAUUCCAAACCUCGCCAUGAAGGAGGUCAUUGCAACCUUCUUAGAUGAAAAUGAAUGGGUUGAGGAAUACUGAACGCAUUUAUAGAUAAGUGUACAUAUACAACUCUGUUCGAAAGCGUGACUUUCACGCCCACUUAACAUAAACUUGCUCCACCGUUACCGGAAGCCCAAAUUAGUUGCAUUGAGCAGGACCCGGGAAAGUACUCAGUAUACAGUGCUUAAAGACACUGGACACCUUUGGUAACUCUCAAGACCACUCUUCUCACUUGGUCUAUC